UAGCCCUAUUUUAUCAUCCUCAACAAAAACCCAAACCCUCGAAGCUUUCGUCAUCCAGUUGCUCGCUCUCCUUUUCCUAACUGCUCUUCUUGUUCCCAACAAAAAUGAGCAGCCGUUCAAGUCGAACCCUAUACGUUGGUAAUCUCCCUGGUGACAUUCGUGAGCGGGAAGUGGAAGAUUUGUUCUAUAAGUAUGGGCCAAUUGUUGACAUAGAUUUGAAGAUACCACCUAGGCCUCCAGGCUAUGCUUUUAUUGAGUUUGAAGAAGCCCGUGAUGCUGAAGAUGCUAUUCGAGGUCGCGAUGGAUAUAACUUUGAUGGGCAUCGUUUACGUGUGGAACUGGCACAUGGUGGACGAGGACACUCGUCAUCAGUAGAUCGCCAUAGUAAUUACGGUGGUGGAGGUGGCCGUGGUGGAGUCUCUAGGCGCUCAGACUAUCGUGUGUUGGUCUCUGGAUUACCUACUUCCGCCUCAUGGCAAGAUCUAAAGGAUCAUAUGCGCCGAGCUGGAGACGUUUGCUUUUCACAGGUGUUUCGUGACGGUGGUGGCACCACUGGAGUCGUGGAUUAUACCAACUACGAUGACAUGAAAUAUGCAAUCAGGAAACUUGAUGACUCUGAGUUUCGAAAUGCAUUUUCACGGUCAUAUAUACGGGUGAAAGCGUACGACUCAAAACGAAGCCUUUCUAGAAGCCGUAGUCAUAGUCGUUCCUACUCGAGAAGCAGGAGUCCUAGCCGCAGUCACAGCAAAAGUCGAAGUCAGAGCCGAAGCAAGUCUCCAAAAGCCAAAUCUUCACGCCGUUCUCCAUCUAAAUCUCGUUCGAGAUCUGUUUCUUCCCGUUCUCGUUCAGGGUCAAGGCCACGCCCUGCGUCAAGAUAUGGGCUUUAUGCGGCGAUUUGGGGAUGCUUAUUAGGAAACAUGAUGGGAUAUGGUGCAAAUGCCUGCAACUCAUUUGGUUGUGGAGUGUAUGCACAUGGGAGCUAGAGAGGGACAAGCAGGAUGAUGGGGGUUGAUACUAAAGCUGGAUUACCGUCUCUAAUUGCUAUUGGGAUGCCGCACCGAUCGGUGGUAGAAACAAAUUCAAAAUUCAUAUUCCUCAUCCAACAUCAUGAUGCCUAUAGGGGUUGCGCUCAGGAUUUAUGGAUUUUGGUGGUACUCAUUGGAAAGAAGUUCCUCCCUUAUCCUCUAAUAUCUUAAUAGUUUAAAGUAACUAUUGUUUUACUUUUAUUGAAGUCUUUCUAUCUAAUUUUUUUUUUAAUCUGGUCAUCUAGGUUUAAAUUGACCUGCUGGGUUAGGUUCCUUUUGUAUUGUUGGCUGGGAAUUGAAUCUAAUGCUAUCUAUUGAGUUGUGCUAAAAGUUUUAUUGGUUGUUUUUUGCCAUUUUGAAUAUGGUAACUCUGACGUGGAAGAGGC